ACUACACCAAGGAAAGAACCAUCAUGUUUUUUGAUAAAACAUAAUUUGCAACGCUGUUAGUCUGUUACACUUACUCGUACAGACUACCCUUCAAUUUUUCACAACAAACGGGGGAAACAAACAUGACUCUUGGGACAAAGAGGAUUGAAGUUGUAACAGGAGCCAAUAAAGGGAUCGGAUAUGGGAUAUGUCAACAAUUAGCUUCAAAUGGAGUCAAGGUGGUAUUAACUGCUCGAGAUGUCAGGAGGGGCAAUGAAGCUGUUGAUAAACUCAAGACUGCUGGAUACUCUGAUGUGGUCUUCCAUCAACUAGAUGUGACGGACCCAGUUAGCAUUUCCUCUUUGGUUGAUUUCAUCAAAACCCAAUUUGAGAAGCUUGACAUAUUGGUAAACAAUGCAGGGAUUAAUGGAGCCAUAGUCGAUAAGGAAUUAUGGAACCUUGGUUUGGAUGAAGAACUUAUAAAUCAGACUUAUCAAACUACGGAGAAUUGUUUGAGAACAAACUAUUAUGGGACCAAGCAAGUGAGCGAAGAACUUAUUCCGCUUCUUCAAUCAUCCAAUUCAGCAAGAAUGGUAAACAUCUCCUCCAGUUUGGGGCAGCUAAAGUUUAUUUCAAAUGAAAAUGCAAGGAAGAAGUUAGAAGAUGUAGAUGGUCUCACAGAAGAGAGAGUGGACGAGGUGGUUGAAGGGUUCUUAGAAGAUGUGAAGGAGAAUUCCAUAGAAGUCAAAGGCUGGCCUAUCAAUUUUUCAGCUUAUUUGGUCUCCAAGGCAGCUCUGAAUGCUUACACAAGGGUUCUAGCUAAGAAGAAUCCCAAUAUUGCUAUUAACUCAGUUGGUCCUGGCUAUACGCAGACGGAUUUGAACGACAAAACUGGGGUUUUCACUAUUGCAGAAGCUGCAAAAGGUCCUGUGAUGCUUGCUUUGAUGCCUGAAGGUGGUCCUUCCGGCCUCUUCUUUGAUCAAACAGAAGUGUCAACCUUUUGA